UCGUAGGGAUGAACCACCUCCUCUUAUAGUUAGACGUCGUUUUCGCCGGGGUACUUCUUCAGUCACUCAGAGUACGUCACCCGCUAGUAGCCCAGUUGCAGCUACCACUCCUCCAGCAGCCCCCACCCCUCCAGCAGCCCGCACCCCCCCUUCUGUAGCUUCCGGCCCUUCUCAAAGUUCAAGAGGAGGAGGAUUGCCUACUACGAUGACUGUUGCGGAGUUAGUUAGGCUACCUGGCCGAGAAUCGCUUCAGCGCCUUGAUCCAAAUUAUCUUAUUGUCCCAAACACCACUUGGUUUGAUUUGUCUGGCAAUGGUAUCACCAACAGCCUUCUUAGGAUGGAGUACACGAUGCUAAAGCGUGGUUAUCCAACUUUCUAUGACAUGCCUGCAGAAGAUCAAGAACUCUGGUUUCGGCAAUUUGCGGUAUAUGUUCUCAAUUUUUAAUAUUAUAAAUUUUUUUCCACCAAUUGUAACUUUCUAAAAAAAAAUUUAUAUUUAUUUUGCAGCAAGAGUUCACUUGGGAAUCAGGGAUUACCGAACAAGUGAAAAUUGUUUUCCGCCGCAAAGCAGCUUCGCACUACACCAAGCGGAUCAAUGAGUGGAAGCAAAAAUUCGAUGUUGGUGAGGUCCCGAAGCACAUCAACCCAGACGUUUGGCGGGAUUUGUGUGGUCAUUGGACGAAAGAUGAGACAAAGUCUUUGUCGACAAUCAACUCGCAAAAUCGGUGUAGCGGGCGUGGCGGGAAAGGGAUGUUUGUCCACAACUUAGGGGCAACAAGUUUACAGACCCGAGCACUUCAGCUAAUGAAGGAAAACGGUGGAGUUCCCGUAGAUGAUUUUACCCUGAUGAAGAACGCCUAUACCAACAAGAAGACUGGGGAGAUUCAGGAUGGACUUAUUAAGGGCGUAAUCCAGGUCGUGGAAAAUCGAAAAGUGGAUCUCCUCGCGACUCAAGCUUCUAUGUGUGAAGAAGGCGAUUCUGCAUCUUCCAACUCCUUAACCGUAGAGCAACUCAACAACCUUGUUCUCGAGGCUGUUCCAAAGAAAAAGGGCCGUUAUGUUGGAUUGGCUCGUUCGACCGGAGGGGCUUCUUCUUCUUCUUCAGCUCACUAUCCACUCGUUGAUGAGCUUAUGGAGCAGAUUAAGACCAAGGAUACGGAGAUUGAGUUCCUGAAGCAGGACAAUGCUGAAAUCCGGGUUGAGCUGCAGCAAAACCGAACGACUAUGGAGGAAAACAAUGUUCUCACCCAGACCUUGUUGCAGAAGUUUAGGACCCGAUUCGGUGAAGACUUUUAG